UCUCAACGUUCAUCGUCUCGCUUCGUGUCCGAGUACGCGCACUUCUACUUUAUCUCUUUCUUGGUUAUUGUUGCAAUGUGGAGGCCUGCUACACGCCAAAUCACUGGCACUAAUGAUGUCCCACUUGGCAAUAGACGCCGUUUUGGACCUGCGCCGGCUGAAGAAGCAGCUCCUCCUCAACUCGCCCAGCCCUCUCCUUCUGCUUACCCGCGUCAACAAGCUGAUAGCCCGGGGAAACGAGACAGAGAUGAAUCCCCUGCUAACGAUCCCAGAGCCAACGCCAAUGCUCCUCGCAAGCGUCGCAGUCGCUGGGGCGACUCGUCUACCGAAAUUCCUGGCCUUCCGACGGCUAUCUCGGCCACCGGUGUCUCCCAGACCCAACUUGACAACUAUGCCAUUCAUCUUCGUUUGGAGGAAAUCAAUCGCAAGCUAAGGUUGAAUGACUACAUCCCUCCAGAACGUGAGCGAUCCCCUUCUCCGCCUCCCACCUACGACGCUCAAGGUCGGCGUAGCAAUACCCGCGAAGUCCGUUACCGCAAAAAACUUGAAGACGAACGCAUUCGUCUCGUCGAUAAAGCUAUGAAGAACGACCCCAACUUUCGUCCUCCCGUUGAGUAUCAUCAGCAGAAACGAUCGCAGCGACCAUCGGAACGAGUCUACAUACCCGUCAAAGAGUUCCCUGAGAUCAAUUUCUUCGGGUUAUUGGUCGGGCCUCGAGGAAACAGUUUGAAGAAGAUGGAACGGGAGAGUGGGGCCAAAAUCAGUAUCCGUGGCAAGGGCAGCGUCAAGGAGGGGAAAACACGUCCAGACCAAUAUGCCGAUGACGCAGAAGAAGACCUCCACUGUCUUGUCAUGGCUGAAACUCCUGAAAAGGUCGUUGCUUGUGUCAAGAUGAUCAACAGGGUUAUCGAAACGGCCGCUUCCACUCCCGAAGGUCAGAACGAUCAUAAGCGCAACCAGCUUCGCGAGCUUGCUGCAUUGAACGGAACCCUCCGUGACGACGAAAACCAAAUCUGCAAGAACUGUGGCGGAGUUGGGCAUCGCCAAUACGACUGCCCCGAACAGAAGAACUUUACUGCGAACAUUGUUUGUCGCGUUUGUGGUAGUGCCGGUCACAUGGCUCGGGACUGCACUCAAAACAAGGACGCUAAUGGCAACUCUUACGGGGCUGGUAACGGUACUGGGCCGAAUGGGCGGGUAUUCGACUCAGAGUACGCUAACUUGAUGGCGGAGUUGGGAGAAACUCCAGCAGCUGGUGCUGCAGGAGCUGCCCCAGUUCAAACGUGGUCAUCUCAGACGGAUUUGGGUGGCGGAGGAGCUAACAUUCCCCCUUGGCGACGUCCGGAGAAUUGGCAGACAACCAAUCAGCCUCAAAACAACGGCUAUCGUCCCCCACAAGCAGGUUACGGAGCCUACGGUCAAGGCGCAGCUUGGGCGGGCUUCAAUCAAGGGUACGGUGGACAACAGGAGCAACAGGACUACAACUAUGCUUCGUACUACCAAGCCCAAUAG